AUGUUUUUUGUCAGGAAGCGCUUCAUCGACUUCCGCAAGAAGAUCAUCAGGUUUCAAGCUCAGUGCCGCGGCUUCCUGCUCAGGAAGCGUUAUGUGAAAAUGAGGGAGAGUUUGAUUCGGUUCCGGUCUCUUGUUCACAUGUAUGUCAACCGCAAACAGUAUAUCAAGAUGAAGUUUGAAGCAAAGAGAAAAGUGGAAGAGCAGAGGAGACAAAGAGAAAUGGAGCUGAUGAAGAGGGAGGUGGUCAAUGUCACACAUCUGGUGAUCCCUGCAGAGCUGGGUGCUUUACUGCAGACAGCAGGAGUCAGGAAUGAGUUGCACUCAGACUGUUUGGCUCUGCUUCAGGCUCCACACAUCCAGGAAGACACCCAACUCACGCUGCCUCUGGACAUCAACAACUAUCCCUUUUUUUGCUACGUGCAGCAACACUUUAGGGAGCCAAAGUUUGGGAUGCUGAUGGCCCCACUGAAGUCACCUCUCACCCAGGUGGAGGAUAAUCUAAGAAGUGCAGCUCUGGAGCUCUUUAACAUGGUGUUACGGUUCAUGGGGGACCCUCACCUGAACGGGGCGCAAGAAAACCUGUUUGGGAAUUAUAUCGUCCAGAGGGGUUUGUUGUCCCCGGGGUUGCGAGACGAGAUCUUCUCUCAGGUUGUCAAUCAGGUGUGGAGGAAUGCCAACUCUGAUAAUGCAGACAGAGGCUGGCUGUUGCUGUUGGCAUGCGUUUGCUGCUUUGCCCCAUCAGCCAAGAUGGAGAAAUAUCUGCUAAAAUUUGUGUCAGACCACGCCCCGGCAGGUUAUCAGGCCUUGCUGCAACACAGAGUCAUCCAAGCAGGUCAGAAGAUGCAGCUAUGUUCAGGCUCCCCCCCUGAGACUGCACGGACAUAUCCGCUGUCACUCCUGGAGUGGACAGCCAAUAGGAAGAGAGCAAACAUGGUGCUGCAUGUGCACAGUUUUGAUGGAGGGUCCUUCCUGUGUCCAGUCCAUUCCUGGACCAGCGGAGAGGAUUUAGCUGGACAUAUCCUGCGCCACAGUGGAGUGACUGACUGGUGGAGAGGGAAUUCAGUACUGAUGAAGGAACAUGGCCAGUGGGUGGAGUUAGCCGGUCACGACUAUGUCCUAGAUCUGAUUGCAGACCUGGAGCUUCCUGUGGACUUCCCAAAGCAGAAGAGCUAUUUCAUCAUCAGCACUGACAAUCCGGCCAGAGUCAGAGCUAAUACCAGCCUUGCUUUGUUCGGCAGCGGCUUUGACGAGGAGUUUCCCUCCUCUAUUCCUCUCAACAGCUACAGCAGACCCACCUACAGUCUGCCUGACUCUGACGGAUACUACAGCCAUGAGUCGGAUGCCUACAGUGACGGUCAGACUCAAAGAGGAAUGGACCGCUACCUCGAUAGCCUGUUUGACCCUGUUCUCUCAGAUGGUACUGAUAUGGACAGACCAGAAGGCUUAACAGCGAGGAUGAAAGGAAGAGGAGGUGUUGGGAUCACAGGAAAAGGAGGAGAUGAGGAGAGCUCUGCACCUUCUGGCCGGCCUUAUCCACCAGGAAUACAUCCAGGAGGAUUGGAGCAGACAAUACUAACUGAGCAGCAACAGGCCAUCAUCAAUCAGCAAGCAAUCAUUCUGGCCCAGCAGAUGACCAUGCAAGCCAUUGCAAUCCAGCAACAGAUGCUGUCCUCCUUUCCCCCUGUUGCUCCAGCUCCCCAGUCACCUCCUACACAACAUCCCACCCAACUGAAGCAAAGCUCACUCACACACAGCCCUACCAAAGCGAGUGAUGAGUCCUACAAGCCCUCUGCGGUUCAGAGGAAAACAACUCCGACACGUACCCCCCCUGCUGAGGACGUGGUCCACUCUAGUUCGAGUAACACAGAGCGCAUGGAUCCCAGCCAUGACAUUAAAGACAUCAUCAAACAGCAUCAACCUACAGGCACUAAGUCUUCUUCUGGGUCGCCUACGCAAAAGAGAAGUGAUGGAAAAACAUUUAUGAAGAAGCCUGACCCUCAUGAUGAAGCUAUGGAGAUCCUUAAAGAUCAAAUGGCAAACCCACCAAGGCCAUCUCAGAAAAAGCCUCAGCCCAAAGAAGAGGACAACAUCAAGGCAGCUAAACCAACUAAAUCUCACCUUCCAGGGACAGCCAGCUCCAGCAUAAGCCCCACCCCUCCUCUAGUCUCUAGAGAUUUGCCCACAGAGGGGGAGAUCAUUCAGACUCAACUCCACAGAAAAAACAGUGAAGACUACUACACCUACUCCAACGUUCCAUGGAAGCUCUAUAUGAGAAAAGAGGUUUUCUAUCCUAAAGAGACUUUGAACAAUCCUCUGGUGUUGGACCUGAUCUUCAGACAGAUUGUACAUGACACCUUCUCUGAGGCUUGCAUACGCAUUACUCAUGAGGAGAGACAGAAGAUGAAAGCUUUGUUUGCGGAGAAUAACGUUGAUCAAGCUUUGGGCUCUCAUGACGAGAACAUGAAGAAGAAAGUUGUCGCCAUGGCCAAAGACUCAUGGGGGAUCUACUUCUCCCGACUAUUCCCAGCUUCUGGUAGUGUGGGGACAGGAGUGCAGGUGUUGUCUGUGUCUCACAAAGGGAUCAAGCUGCUGAAGUUAGUGAAGAGCGGCUCUUCGGCCUCCGAUUACUUCAGAGUGUUGAGACCUUACAGUUACUCGGACAUCCUGUUUGUGUCCAUACCAUCUAACGACAUGCUGGAGUUUAACCUGACCAACGAGAAGCUUAUCCUGUUCUCCGCCAAAGCCCCUCAGGUCAAGCACAUGAUCGACCACUUCCUCACUGAGCUCAAGAAGGACUCUGAGUAUGUGGUGGCGGUGAGGAACUACAUCACUGAGAACAGGGCUCACCUCAGCUUCCACAAAGGCGACAUCAUCCGCCUGCAGUACAUGAAAGGGCUGGAAGCCGGAAAACAGUAUGGCUGCAUUGUCAGAAAGAAGGUAAUGCUUCUCGAAGAGCUCAAGAGAGACACUCCUGAGUUUGGAUGGAGGUUUGGGGCUGUGUAUGGUAAGUCCGGAGUGUUUCCGAGCGAACACGUCCGCCCUGUCGCUGCCCCUGACUUCCUGGUUCUGCCUCCUGAACGGGUGGAGCCUAGGGACAGACAUGGACGAGUCGCUGCAUCUGCCGCCAUUGCCGUAGCGAUGGGUUCAGCUGUGGCUGCUCAUGAGCUGGACAUUUCAACUGAGGUGGUAAAUGAGAUGUAUGGGGAAGGUCUCAGUGAAGAACUGGAUGACUUACCGCUGCACAGCAACCAGUAUCAGAUGACCGAGUUUGCCAAGAAAUACUUCAGAGAGGCGCAGAGGACCAAGAAGGAUCAGAAAGCCAAAAAGGGCAAAGACGCCAGGGAUCCUACAGAUAUGGUCAAAUUCUCCAAGUCUCCAAUCCAGGAAUCUCUGAUUGACUUCUCGGACAGUGGCAUGAACAGAGUGGCGACAGACAUUUUCUUAGCAAUAAUGAAGUUCAUGGGAGACUUUCCGCAGAAGGGCCAGACUGAGCAAGAUCUAGUCGCCACUAUAUUAAGGUUAAGUGGGGAUCAUGGUCUGAUGAAGGACGAAGCCUACUGCCAAGUGAUGAAGCAAGUCACCACCAACACCAGCUCCAAACCAGACAGUUGUCAGAGAGGCUGGAGGCUGAUGUACAUCCUUACAGCUUUCCAUCGCUGCUCUGAAGUCAUGAAGCCGUUUCUGCUGAAGUUUCUGCAGGAUGCCAGUGAGAACCCUGGGAUGGCAUACCAAGGUAUCGCCAAAGCGAGUGAGCAGAAUCUGAAGAGGACUUUCCAAUAUGGUGGGCGUGCUCAGUAUCCCAACACCAUGGAGCUCAAAGCCAUGCUGGCUGGGCGGAGUUCCAAGAGACAACUGUUUCUGCUCCCAGGUGGAAUCGAAAGGCACUUAAAAAUCAAGACAUGCUCUGUUGCUUUGGAUGUGAUUGAGGAGCUCUGUUUUGAAAUGGGGCUGCAAAGGUUGGAGGCGCUGGAUGAAUAUGCCGUCUUCCUGGUCACCCACAAAGGUCAGAAUGUACGUCCUUUGAACAAGCGUGAGUACAUCUUGGACAUUGCUACAGAAGCAGAGAAGGUGGACGCCAACUACAGCCUUUGGUUCAGACGAGUCAUAUGGAGUCUGGCUCUUAAACUCGACAACGAACUCUACGUUACCAUGCUCUAUAAUCAGAUCUUACCAGAUUACCUGAAAGCCUUGCUGAGUGUGGUUCCUUUGGGGAAGGCCAGCGACCAGCAUCUGCAGCAGAUUGCCAGACUGGCAGCCCUGCAGCACCGUGCCAAGGACAGCAUCUACUUACCCACCAUUCGAGAGGUGCAGGAGUGCGUCCCCCCGCAGUUCUACAGCAAACAGGGCUCACAGCAGUGGCUGAACAUGACAAUGCAGCACACACAGCAGGUCCAGGCUUUGAACGCUCACCAGGCCCGUGCACAGUUCCUUGGCUUGGUCAGUGCCUUCCCCAUGUUUGGCUCCUCCUUUUUCUACAUUCAAAACUCAAACUCUUCAACCAUCCAAGCUCCCUGCAUCCUGGCUGUAAAUCUGAACGGACUGCACUUCCUCAACAAAGACACUCACGAGGCCAUGGAACGUUUCCCCCUAAAGGAGGUCCAGUCGACCCGCACCCAGAGACCAACUUCAGGCUCCAGUUAUCCCUAUGUGGAUAUCAUGAUAGGGGAUCUGCUCAACCAGCGCAUUACCCAGUUGCAGCUCGAGCAGGGCCUGGAGUUGUGCCGAGUCAUUGCCAUGCACAUGGAGAACAUGCUGUCUCUUCGAGAAAAAAGACUCACCUUGCCACCAAGUGAAAUUACCUUACUAUAGCACAGACAGGAUGUAAAUAAACAUUUUAAAAAAUA